AUGGAUAACAGUGAAAUUAAAAAUGAAUUAAAUGAAUAUAAAGAGAGUAAAUUAAAAUGUAGUGAUAAUGUAGAAAACAAGCAAUUAUUUAAUAAAAUAGUGACUAAAAAAGGUCGUGUUUGGUGUGAUGGAUGUUAUGAUAUGAUACACUUUGGGCAUGCUAACCAAUUAAGACAGGCAAAAAAAAUGGGAAAAUAUCUUGUUGUUGGGGUUCAUACUGAUAAUGAAAUUUUAAGAAAUAAAGGACCACCUGUUUUUAAUGAAAAUGAAAGAUAUAAAAUGGUUAAAGGUAUCAAAUGGGUAGAUGAAGUUGUUGAGGGUGCACCAUAUUCAACAACAAUUGAAACAUUAGAUAAAUAUAAUUGUGAAUUUUGUGUACAUGGAAAUGAUAUAACAUUAACUGCAGAAGGUGUUGAUACAUAUGCUGAAGUUAAAAAUGCUGGAAGAUAUAAAGAAUGUGAAAGAACUGCCGGUGUUUCAACAACUGAUCUUGUUGGAAGGAUGCUUAAACUUACAAAAAAUCACCAUGAAACAUCUGAUUCAUUUGAUGAUGAGAAAGGAAAAAGAGCCAGAACAUUAAGUACAGGAAGCUGUGGUAAUUCACCAUGGACACGUGUAUCAAAAUUUAUUCCAUCAACACAGACAUUACUUCAAUUUGCUGAUGGUCUUCCACCUAAACCAACUGAUAAAAUUGUAUAUGUUUGUGGAGCUUUUGAUCUUUUUCACAUUGGACAUUUAUCAUUUUUAGAAAAGGCUCGUAAAUUAGGUGAUUAUUUAAUUGUAGGAUUAUUUGAAGAUAGUGUUGUUAAUGCAUAUAAAGGUACAAAUCAUCCAAUAAUGUCAUUACAUGAAAGAACAUUAAGUGUACUAGCUUAUAAACCUGUAUCAGAAGUAAUCAUUGGUGCACCAUAUAUAAUAACAAAAGAUUUAAUAAAAAAUUUUAAUGUAUCAAUUGUAGCUGAUGGUAGUAGAGUACCACAUCAUAAUACUCUUGAUGAUGUUGAUAUUUAUAAAAUUCCUAAAGAAAUGGGAAUAUAUGAAUUGAUAGAUUCAGAAAAUGACAUGACAACAGAUAUGAUUAUUAAACGUGUCGUUGAAAAUGAAAAAGCUUUUAAAAAAAGAAAUAAUGAAAAGGAACAAAAAGAAAUUGCUGCUUUUGAGGCAUUAAAACAAAUGGAAUUAAAAAAUAAAGAUAGUUCUUUAACUAAAAAUGUUGUUAAUUUAAGUAAUCAUUAA